AUGUCGCGCGUCGUCAUCGAUGCGUUGGCGCGAUCGUCCUCGUGCGCGGCGGCGUCCACGAGCGCUCGGGCGGUGACGAGCGCGGUGUCGAUGCGAAUCGGUGGAACGACGUUGGUGACGACGCACGCAGGAGCACUCGCGCGACGCGCGGUGUCCACGGCGACGACGACGGCGGCGGUGACGACCGCGCGUGCGUUCGCGUCGACGUGGACGACGCCGAGGAGCGUUCGAGAGCUCCUGAGCGUGGCGUACGGGCUGAGUAAGUUUCGCCUGAGCGCGUUCGUGACGUCCACCGCGGCGUGCGGGUACGUGUUGGGAUCCGGGUCCGCGGUGGACCCGAUCGGGUUGGCGGAGGUUUCGUUCGGGACGAUGUUGUGCUCGGCGAGCGCGAACACGAUCAAUCAGAUCGUGGAGACGGUGCCGGAUUCGAUGAUGCGUCGGACGGCGGGACGGGCGCUGCCGAGCGGGCGGUGCGGGAAGGGGUUCGCGUGGGCGUUCGCGUCGGCGUGCGCGAUCAGUGGGACCGGGAUAUUGGCCGCGACAACGAACGAGACGACGGCGGCGCUGGGGGCGGGGAAUAUCGCGCUGUACGCGGGGGCCUACACGGCACUGAAGCGGGCGCACUGGACGAACACGUGGGUGGGCGCGGUGGUGGGCGCGAUACCGCCGCUCAUGGGAUGGGCCGCCGCGAACGACGAUGGGGCGCUCGAUGCGAGCGCGUACGUGCUCGCGGCGGCGCUAUACUUUUGGCAGAUGCCGCACUUCAUGGCGCUGGCGUAUAUGGGCAAGGAGGACUAUCUGAAUGGAGGAUAUCGCAUGCUGUCGCACCCGAUGUACGACAAGACGGGCCGUCGAGUCGCGGGCGUCGCGGUGCGAAAUUCGCUCGCUCUGCUCCCGCUCGGUGUCGUGGCGUGCGCCGUGGGCCUGACAACUGAGCCGUUCGCGUACGAAUCCGUCGCGCUCGGUUUACCGCUCGUGGCAACGGCGGCGGCAUUUUACGCCAAGCCAUCCUUUCUCGCGGCGAGACGCAUGUUCUUCGGGUCUCUCCUGUAUUUACCGGCGUUCCAAACCUUGGCGUGCUUCCAUCGAAUCCCCAGGGAAAACACUAUGGACGCGUACGAGUCGUUCAGGCGUGUGUCGGUGAACUUCCCAUGGCACUGCGUCCCGUUUGCCGCGUCAGGGGACGACUGGUCGCCCGAGCGCGAACGCCUUAAACAAUUUAGAGCGCGGGCGCUUGGACCGGCGCUCAGCGAAACAUCCACGGCGCCGUUCCCGUUUUUACCCCUUCCGAUUCCGCGUUGUCCGCACGAUCGAGCGUACGCGCAAGGGAGCGAGUCGGAUUCUUAG